CUUCGGGGCUUCCGAGUUUAUUAAGCUAGCUUCUGCCUGCAUCUGUGUACAUGUCGUUAAGACGCUGAAAACGUCGCCGCGUCGCUCCGGAGCUCACAACAAAAGACAGCAUGAAAACGCCGAGGGCUCCCACCGUCGCCGACGCGUGUGAACAUUGAGCCGUUGUCGUCAGGAGCGCUGCCCGGGCGGAGAGGCGGAAUGUCAACAACGCGGCCCCUCCUCGGGAUGAGGCGAGUCACCGAGCUAACGUGCCCGGAGCAGCCGAGCGCCAGGCUCGCCGCGUCCGCCGGCAGGCAGCAGCAGGAGGCCCCCGCCACCGUGGACGAGUUCGCGGUGCUGGAGGACAAGGAAGAGGAGCUGAAAUGUGCCAAGCCGCGAGUGGAGCAGGUUUUUAAGGUGACGUUCACCAUCAUUGGUCUGUUGGACCACACCGGACAACCGCACGGCAGCAAAACAUUACGGCAGAUAUGGCUGCAGCUCAUAGGGAACAGAGACGACGUGUCAAAAGCAAAAGAGUACGUGCGAGGACUCUGUGACCCAGAACUCCACGAAGAAGAGCGCUACCCGGUGGACAUGCACUGUAUCUUUGCCGGCGCCCGUGGCCUCUUCCUGGACAGACUUAUACGGGACACAAGUGCAGAGGUCCAGGUGCCGGAACCCGGCCGCCUGCGGCUGCUGGGUCAGGCCGAGCCUGUCGUGAUGGCCCAGAGCCGAGUUCAGCAGUUUGUAGCACUUUUCCAGGAAAAGCGAAGUCUUCCGAGUGACAGGGAGCCAGUGGUGAAGCGGGCGUUCAAGUCCUUUGUGGAGGAGAGGGAUGAUAAAUACACCAUGGAGCUUCUCCUCCUGCCCAGUGCCCUGAAAGAAGAGCUGCUGGGACUGGCUCACAGCCCCACCAGCACCAACGCAACUUCCCUGGCCCAGCACAACCAGACACUGCAUCUCAGCAUGGCAGAGGUCGAUCAGGACCGUUCGCAGAGCAGCACCCCGGUGACGGAGCUCUCCAACCGCAUCCUGGACACCAGCUUUGAGGAGAAAGGGGCCGCGGCGGGAUCUGUCAACGGAGGCGGUAAAGUGUCAGGCUUGGGCCACGAGGCCGUCCUGCUCAAUGGCACGCGGCCCUCGCACAAGCGGCGCUCAUCCGAGAGCGAGACUCGGGACACAAAGAGACAGUACUCUCUGGAGAGGAGGGACGAGUCGCCGGAGAGAGCGAGAGAGCGGGAGCGGCAGAGGGACAGAGAGGGUCGGGGUAGUGGUGGUGGUGGUAGCAGCUGUAGAUCCAAAACGCCCUCCGCUUCAUCGUCGCUCUCCUCCUCCGCUGCUAAAGCGAACACAGUCAGUCCACUCCUGCUGGACUCCAGUGAAGUCAUCUCGGAUGAAGGAGAAGCAGUCAGCCCAGAGACCAACCUACGCUGCUUGGUCAAUUUCUUCAGGACCAUGGGUUACCAGCAGGAAGUGGUGGAGCGUGUUGUCAAGGAGACAGGACAGACCGAAGACACGUUCCUCGUCCUGGAGAAGAUUGUCGAGGAAACCAAGCGCUGUGAAGAGGGGACAAAGGGAGGAGGAGGCAAAAAAGAGCGGUGGCUCAAUUCUGUACGCUCCGCGGACACGCCCUCCUCCUCUACCUCCUCCUCCUCUUCGUCGUCAUCAUUGUCAUCCUCCUCCACUACAGUCUCUCGUCUCAGAGAGAAGGAGCGCGAGCUCAGCAGGGUUUUGGUCGACCCGGGCAGGUCCAAAGAGAACAUUAAGCCCAACCAACGUGGAGGCAGCAGUAACGGGUUGGGCCACCGGAGGCAGUGCAGCGGCAGCGAGACGAGCACUCAGCAGGCAAUCACCAUCAAGAGGAGCUCCAGUGCUCAAGGAGGAGCGGGGAACUACGAGGUCAUCACGAUUGAUGACGAAGACGAUAACAUCCUCACGGAAACCAAAACGGCAGAUGGUAGCGGCAUGUCCCGGAUGAUGGCGGCACACGUCGUCGACUCCCACUCGGGCUCCAGAACGGACUACCUCGCGAGAGGAGGAGGCGGAGCCUCACAGAGGGACUACCUGUCGAGGGGCGGGACGCAGACGCUGGGCGGAUCGGUUAAAGUUGAGACUGUGACGGCGCUGCGGAGCACGCCGCAGUGGCUGGCGGCCACCACCACCUCGCUGGCUUCCGCUCCCACUUCUGCUCAAUCCAUCAGCCGGCCCUCGGCCUCUCCCUAUCAGACCAUCGGACACACGGGGUUCCACGGCGGCGUAGCCAGAACGCCUCCCGUGAGUGACCCGCCGGCACCGCCAGUUACUGGCUUGUCUCGCUUCCACCAGUCGCUGAAGACGCCCUACACCCUGAAGCUGCCGAACGAGCCCGGACGCCCGGAGCUCAGACACAUUAUCAUCGACGGCAGCAACGUGGCCAUGGCUCACGGCCUUCACCGCUUCUUCUCCUGUCGAGGCAUCGCGCUGGCCGUGGAGACGUUUUGGAGGCGGGGCCACAGGGAGAUCACAGUGUUUGUCCCCCAGUGGCGUCAGAAGAGAGACCGACUCACAACAGAGCAACAUUUUCUGAACCAGCUGGAAGACCUGCGACUUCUGUCCUUCACUCCCUCCAGAGAAGUGUGUGGCCAGAGGAUCUCGUCACAUGAUGACAGGUUUCUGCUCCACCUCGCAGAAAAAACAGACGGGAUCAUCGUAACCAACGACAACCUGAGGGAUUUCGUCAACACCUCGGACACGUGGCGAAGGAUCAUCCAGGAGAGGUUGCUCCAGUUCACGUUUGUGGAGGAUCACUUCAUGAUCCCUGAUGAUCCUCUGGGGAAAAACGGACCUCACCUGGACCACUUCCUGCGCAAGGACAUCAGGAGAAUGGCAGUGACUCCUCCCCCUCGGAGACCACCUGAAUUCCGGCCGCCCUCCCAGCAGCAGCAUCAGCAGCAUCAGCAGCAGCAGCAUCAGCAUCAGCAGCAGCAGCAGCAUCAGCAUCAGCAGCAGCAUCAGCAGCAGCAUCAGCAGCAGCAGCAGCAUCAGCAGCAGCCAGUUUACGUGCAGGCGCUCCACUCCACUCCGCGCGCCCCGGCGUCCACGCCCAGGCCGCCUCCUUCCCUGACGCCACACCCCACGACGCACUGGCCACACUCGGGUCCCCCCGAGUGGCACCAGCCGCGGCGCUCGCCCUCCCCGUCGCCCUCGCCUCCGCCGCAACGGUCGGCGGGCGAGACAUCGGAGCUGAAGAGGAAGCUGUACGACAUCUUCCCCGACCAGAAGCAGCGCAUCGACCGCAUCCUCAGCGACAACCCGUACAUGAGAGACCUGAACGCCCUGUCAGGGCUGCUGCUGGGUUAAACAACUGACACACACACACACACACACGUUAGCAUAUAAUUUAUUUUGCCACUUCUUCCAGCCCUGGAGGACAAUUUAAAGUUGUUGUUUUUAUUCUUAUUUUUUAUGUACAUUAAGAUCAUCAAACUAGCUGCUAUUGGCAAAUUUUCUUUCAUAGCGAUGAACGUGAACAACACUGGCAGCAGCAGCAAAUCUUUCAAAUUAGAUCGUCGACAAAGAGCCCAGACGUUCCGUGAAUGUGCAGGGGGGGGGAAAUGAAAAGCGUUGUGGACCAAAAAGAACUGGCUUUCAUGAGAAUGUGGCUCCAGUUUUUUCUCCUAAAACCCGUCAGACUGACUUCUAACACCAUCACACACUUUUUUCAUGAUCGGAUUAAUGAAACAUGCAGGUUUUAUUUUGUUUUCCAGUUAAACAUCAGUUAAACAUCUGCAAGAACAAGUUUAAACUUAGAGCCUAGGGUUAGACCUGGUAUUAACUUGUUUACUUCAUUUCUAAUCAGGUUUAGUUUCUAAUCUUUUUUUGUGAGUAGUUAAUAUUUUCUGGUUUCUUUGCUCCCCGUGUUACAAAGAAAUCAUUAAAACUGACAUUUGAGAACAGCUUCAUUUUUGAAGUUCGGGAACCGGCAAUCAACAUUUUUUGGAGAAAGUAAUGAAAAGAUUAAUCCAUUUAGUCGAAUCCAUCCUGAGCGAUCUGGUCACACAUGGACCUUUCAAGUUCAGGUUUGAAAGCGUCCGGGUCUGAACCGGACCAAAAACUAAAUGAUCCACGUCUUGUGCGGCGUC